AUGGCCACUGGUCCAGGUGAAGACAUCCGUUACGGCUUUUCGGAGUGCCACGAGGGUCCUCCAGGUGCUGGACCGGUGCGGGAAGCUUUCGCCUAUGCUGAAGACUGUAACUUGGCAGCCAAGAACUCGACCGUGUUGCCGCAGCCGCUGCUGGACCUGCCUUGUGAGCAGCCGUGUGAGUUCAAUCACUACCUGCGGGUGAAGGAGGACUUUCGGUCAUCCAAGCUGAAGGUGAGUUGCGUGCCAUGCCCCAGAGGGCAAUUCUCCCUUGGUGGUGGCCUCUAUGUGGAUGGUUCCAAUGGAGAUUGGUCCAGGCCUUGGCCAGAAGGCUUGAAGACCUCUUGUCUCUAUCGUUCCAAUGAUGCACGCUGGGUCUUGGGUGGAGGAGCUAGGCUUACAUGUGUUCUGCACGUGAACUCACUUGCGCUGGAAACAAGAGCUGGCACUUGGAACCAGAACUUAGCAGAUCAAACGCUGGAUGUGCCCCUGCAGAUCCUGGGCAAUGAGGCUUGUGAAUCCCUUCAGCGAAAUUUCACCGGUGCCGCCGUCCUGGUGAUCCGAGGGGAAUGCCCAUUUUCCACCAAGACGCAGAAUAUCGCAGCUGCUGGAGCUAAGGCAGUGAUUGUUUACAACAAUCUGUAUGAGCGGCCUCAUUUUUACCCAGCAGCAGCCAAUGGGACCGCGCCCAGCAUUCCAAUUUUCAUGGUCACCCGCGAAGAUGGAGACCGCAUCAAAACAGAAAGAACCUCUGCAGGUAACUUAUUUUUGCGCGUUGCGAGCACUCGAUGCAGCUUGGAUAGACGUGAAGUUGCACCAGGGGCCCAAAAUGUGUCAACUGACGAAUCAGGACCUUCUUGGGAAGGUGCUGAGAAGAGUUGUGCGGAGUGGGGUGUUGAUCCAAGUGGCACAUUUUUACAUUCUGGUGACAACCACAAUUUCCACUGGUUGUUUUCCUUCUUGACGCUAUCCACACGUUUUGUUCGCGAUGGCUACAUUCGUUUCCGCUAUGCCGUGGAUGCAGAAGACGGCUACGACGGUCUGCUGUUUGAGAUGGAUGGCAACCUUGUGUGGAACAAGACUGUCUCCCAAGCAGCUCCCUGGCAAGAUUUUCGGCUCCAAGUGCCUCGAGGGUCUCACAGUUUUACCUGGACCUACAGGAAGGACUUCAGCACCUCGUCUGGGGAGGACAGAGCCAGGCUGGAGCUUCUUGAGGUGUCGGGCACAGCUCAUGCAGACGAAGAGUGUCACAGUUGUUCCCUUUUGAGCAGCCCUGGGAGCCAGCGAUGUCUGAGCUGUAGCCGCAAUCAGUAUGCCGAAUUGGACGAUGCUGGUGUGAUCCGCUGUUCCAAAUGUCCAGCUGGCACUUGGGCGCCUGCUGCGAGCGUCGGAAGGGACUCAUGCAGAACAAGGCGGCAGUGCAAUGCCCAAGAUGUUCAGGUCUUGUACUUGGCUGCGAACGCCUCAAUGCGAUCCAGUUCAAUCUGUCGAAACAACCAUACCAACAUCAGGGUCAGAUGGCGAAAGCCCAAGACUUGCAAGUCAGAAAUUGGAGCCAAAGAGCUUGCGGGAAUCAGGGGAGGGGCAUUAACGCCCCAAGCAUGUCCUCCAUGCCAACCCAACCAGUGGAGGCCAAAAGGUGGUGCAUGUGUGAACCGUCCUGCUGCAAGGUGUUCUCCACCGCUCUAUGCUGUUCCAAUGUCAGUCAUCAAAUAUUGGCACAGCUGGCCCAAGAACGUGACCUCCUGGAUUUGGGGUAGAUCUGUUUCAGAAGAUCAUCCACAUGCCUGGCAACUCAUGGCGGAUGGCCGUGCAGCGGUGGUGGGAAGCGCCUACCUGGGAGAGGAGGUGGAUGAAUUUUCAGAUCAAGCCUUGCUGACUUUGGAUGUGGAUCUCACAACUUCUAGUGACCUGAUCUUUGGCCUGGAGGAAGAACCCCUGGGUGCAUGGGGUCAAGGUGGUGCUCUUUAUGUGGACCAUCAGCCACGUGAAGCUGAAAUGGUGACCGAAUCCGGCACCACUAGCGUGUGGAAGCUUAAGUUGAACCCAGGGUGGCAUUGGAUCACUUGGGUUUGGCGCUACAAAGGUCCACAGCCAGAGGAACAGGCAGCAGAUACUGGCGUAGUUGUUGGUCAAGGGAGCGGUCUGCGUUUGUUGAAUAUCUCCGUGACCCACGUUAGAGGUGCACCUGCUGGUACUUGUCGGAGAUGUCCACCGAACCAUGGCUGGCGACAGAAUGGUGCUACGCAAUGUCAGCCGUGUGCAGUGGCUACGGAGGAGAUUCAGGGCCUCUGCAAACCUUGUGCUGCUGGAUUUGCCAAUCCACGAAAAGCAUCACGUUGCGUGAAGUGUGGACCUGGCACUUCCAGUGAUCGGGGCCGUGCCUGCAAGAUGAAUCCAAAUCUCGGUGGAGAUGGACAGCUCAGGUGGGACUCGCAACGUUUCCUAAGAACUUGGAGGAACCAAACCCGCAAUGCUGGUGGAUUCACCAGGAUUGUCGUUGAGGAUCGCACCUACUACAUGAAUUUAGUGCAGCCCAUGGAGCUUCCAGGUGCUUCGUUGGAAUUUCGAGGUCACCAGGCUUUUGUUUGGGAGGCCUUACCUCCUCGCAUGAGUGACGUCUCCACCUGUCCCACCGAAGCCUCCUUCGUGCGACCCGUAGUGGAUAUGUUGGAAGCCAUCAAGCCGAAUGAAGGAAGGCCCUCGGGCCUUUGGUUCAACUUCCGGGGAAGGUGCUUUGCAAAUGGUGGCGAUUUGUCCGAGAGGCGAUUGCAUUUGUUGCUCAGCUGUCAUCCAGAGGCAGAUCCCCAGGACUUCAGCCUUCUAAGUGCCAUGGAACCACCGGAUAUGAUGACAGGCUGCCAGGAUUUAGCCUUGGAAUGGCGCACCAGGUUGGCAUGUCCAGUGUGUCAGGAAGGUGACUGGGAGGCAGUGACACCUACGCGAUGUGACCCUGUGCGUGGUCAGCGUGUCACGUACAUCGCACCAUCUGGCUGCUUUGGUGGAGCAAAACCGCCGAAGGACUAUUGGGAGCCUUGUCCUGGCGUCCUAAACCUCGUGGCCUUUGUGGUCGUGGGAGCUUUCGUGGGUUGCAUUCUAUGUUGUUUGAGUAUCUACGUUCUGCUCUUGCGGAGACGCUAUGCCAAGUACAUGAUGUUAGAGGACAGUCAGUCCGCAGCCAAUGCAGUUGACUUCGUGUACCGAGAAGAGGUCUCGAAACUGAAGGCCCUGAGAGCUGCACAGCGGCUGAAGGUGCAGAGUUCGUCUUGGGACGAUGAUUUAGCGUGGCUUGGGCAAAUCUUUCCCUGGCUGGUGGUCUUCUUUGUAGGUUGGGCUCUCUACACCAUUGCCAACCCAACGAAUGAUGUGGUGCCAGCGGGUCGAAUGCCCCGCCUCAGUGACUGGCUGAAGAAAGCGCCGCAACUUGCUGGCUCCUGGGGUGGACGCGCGCCACCCGCUGCCGAGGAUGUGGCAGAUGCCCGAUUUGUAGAUCGUUCUGCCUCGGACUCAUUGGCCACCUUUGCCGAGAACUCAUGUACCACGGUUUUGACCCAGACUCAUAUCGGCGUAUUCUUAAACACGUCCAUGCAUGUCGAGACGGACGGUUGGAUGUCUUUGGACGCGGCCAGAGGCAGAGUCUCUCGAUGUUUUCCAGAUAUGGAGUGCUGCGGCGGAAGUGGCAGCUGGACGUUUCUACGAGUUUUCACCAGCUUCAGCAUGGUGAUACAUUUUAUAUCCAUUGUGGUUUGUGUGGCUGACUUCGAGUCGGUAUGGAUGGGGCUUCUCAUGGUGGCCUUGGCAGGCAAACUGAUCUUGGUUUGCUGGAUGCUGAUCAUUGGUUGGAGGAACCCCAUGUCCGAUCCCACUCGAGAGGUGGAAAGAUGGCAGCAACUGCAAGAGCUCCAUGCAUUGAUGGCGAUUAUGUGCCUUUUGAACGGUGGCACUAUCAGCAGCAUGGGCGCAGUGGAGUUGCAGCAGCCUACUGUGGAGCCCAGAAGGGUGUUGGUGCCUUUCUUUUUGGCCUUCUCCGAGUUCCUGUGCUGCGCAACAGCCUUCCACGGCCGACAAAGUGCAGGAAGCCUCACUGUGAUGCAGAUUCGAACAGCACAUGUUGAGGACAGCGAAAGCGCCCAGAAGCAGCGUGCAGCAGAGAUUCAGUGGCACUUCUUGCUCCACCUCACAAAUUACAAUUACAGUGCUACUCAUGCGAUUUCGAUUCCUGGACAGGGCGAGGACGUGCAGAAAACCACGACUCAGGCCACUUGCCCCAUUUGUUUGGAUGGCUUGUCUGAUGGAGACGAGGUGUCGCAGCCUUUUUGCUCGCACAUCUUUCAUCGAAGCUGCUUGGAGGGAUGGGUGGAAACCCUGAGCCACAAUCUGGCGCAGCAUCGGAGGGAUUUCACUGAACAGGUGCUGUGCCCAUUACGCUGCGACAGCGCCAAGGUCGGACUUGUGAACGUUGUGAACUCCAUAACGCCAGUAUCAUCGAUCACACCAUCCUCUGGACUGCAGAGGAUGGCGGUAGUCCCACCAGUCCCACCAUAG